AUGCCGCUUCAUGAAGACUAUGACGCAAUGAUUAACUCCGACAUAGCUGAUAUGGCAAAUAUCGGUAAUGUGCCAGGAGCUGCUGGAAGUUCUACCGCUGCUCAUUUUAUCAAACGUUUUAUUCAAGAAGGGGUAGAAUGGGCACAUUUAGAUAUAGCAGGCGUUGCAAACAGUAAUAAACCCUCAUCACUUGGUCCGAAAGGGGCAGUAGGUUAUGGUCAAAACCCUGACAAACCGGUAUUAGUCCCAAAGUAUUUCCAUGUCAAAGAAAGUUCUGAAGAAGAGCAAGCUAAUAGUUUUGAGCAGAUAUUAAAGGAUAAUAUGGAUGCUGAUUAUAUAGUAAUCGAUACGCCUGGUAGCCAUACUGCUUUAUCAAGGCUUGCUCAUUCUUAUGCUGACACCAUUAUUACGCCGAUAAAUGAUAGCUUUUUAGAUUUAGACGUAAUAGCAAAAGUUGAUAGCAAAGAUGAAAUUAUUAGUCCUUCAAUCUAUAGCCAAAUGAUAUGGGAACAGAAAAUGCAGCGUGCUAGUCGUGAUAGAGGGAGUAUAGAUUGGAUAAUUUUGCGUAAUCGUUUAAGUAACCUUGAUGCUCUAAAUAAAAGACGUGUUAGUAACCUUAUGGACGAUGCUAGCCGUUUACGUUAUGAGUCAGUUGUAACAGUAGUUGGGAAAGUAGUAGCAAGAUCAGAAGAGACUAUUAAUAACACACUUCCUACCGGUCAUAUAGAAGUUUUAGCUGGUGAGUUUAUUGUUGAAUCAGCUGCUGAUACUCUGCCGUUUGUGAUUAAUACGGAAAAAGAUGCACCUGAAGACUCAAGGCUUAAACAUCGCUUUUUAGAUUUAAGACGUGAGAAGUUGCAUAAUAAUAUAAUGCUACGUUCACAAAUUAUUUCUUAUAUUCGUCAUUUAAUGACUGCAAGAGGAUUUACCGAGUUCCAAACACCAAUUCUUACCGCUAGCUCACCUGAGGGAGCAAGGGAUUUCUUAGUCCCAAGCAGAUUACAUCCGGGCAAGUUUUAUGCAUUACCGCAAGCACCGCAACAAUUUAAGCAGCUAUUGAUGGUAUCGGGGUUUGAUCGCUAUUUCCAAAUCGCUCCAUGUUUUGUGAUGAAGACGCAAGAGCAGAUAGGUCACCAGGAAGAUAUAUUCAGCACAAUCGAACCUGUAAUGUAUGAGCUAUUUACAAAAUUUACAGAUAAGAAAGUGUCAGAAGUACCCUUUAUCCGUAUUCCAUAUAAUGAAUCUAUGCUGAAAUAUGGUUCUGAUAAGCCUGAUUUACGAAACCCUAUUGUAAUUGCUGAUGUGACGGAAAUUUUUAGAGAUUCAGACUUUACUAUUUUUAGGGAAAAUAUCAAAAAAGGUAGUAUUGUCCGAGCAAUUCCAGCUCCUGAUGCAGCUUCGCAACCUCGUAGUGUCUUCGAUAAAAUGAUAGAAUUCGCAAUAUCGGAGGGAGCUGGAGGACUUGGCUAUAUUCAGUUUAGCGAAAGCGGCGAAGCAAAAGGACCAGUUGCAAAAUUCUUAAGCACUCAGCAAUUAGAAGAUUUAAAGAAUGCUGCUAAUAUUAGCAAUGGAGAUGCGGUAUUUUUCGCUAACGAUAAAAAAGAUAAAGCAGCCAAACUUGCCGGUAAAGUAAGAAUUAAGCUUGCCGAUGAGUUAGAUUUACUUGAAAAGGAUUGCUUUAAAUUCUGCUGGAUUACCGAUUUUCCAUUCUAUGAGCUAAACGAAGAAACCGGUAAAAUUGAUUUUAGCCAUAAUCCAUUUUCUAUGCCUCAGGGUGGAUUAGAAGCUCUUGAAAACGCAAAAACAACCGAAGAGUUGCUAGAGCUUAUGGCAUAUCAGUAUGAUAUUGUUUGUAACGCCAUAGAGCUUUCUAGUGGUGCUGUAAGAAAUCAUAAGCCGGAAAUAAUGUAUAAGGCAUUUGCUAUAGCUGGUUAUAGCGAAGAAGAAGUGGAUAAACGAUUUGGCGGUAUGAUCAGAGCUUUUAAAUUUGGUGCACCACCACAUGGCGGCAUAGCUCCAGGUAUAGACCGAAUCAUUAUGCUACUUGCGGAGGCUACUAAUAUAAGAGAGAUAAUUGCUUUUCCAUUAAAUCAGCAAGCCGAAGAUUUAUUAAUGAACGCUCCGAAUUAUGUGGAAGAUAAGGCGUUGAAAGAACUAAGUGUCAUGCUAUCCCCAUCUGCUAGAAAGAAUACGGAAAAAAAGUAG